AAGAAAAUAGGAAGUAUAGUGCAGAGGGGGCGUGUGGCUGAGCUGUAAGACCAAGCUAUCUGCCACUAGAUUGUUAUCCUGUCCACAUAACUACUUUGCUGACACGAGAGCCCAAGUUAGAGGAGGCACGCACACACCACAUCCAAAAACUACUAUCUCCUCUGCUCAGUGGAAAUUCUAACGUUAGUACCAAAUCAUGUCAUCGUCCACAGUUGUUGCUGGUGCCUCGCCCUCUUCCUGCUCUGUUGCUUACUCAAGAAACCUUAGCAUCAGCAAAACUAGUGCUUCUAUCCCAUCCCCCAAAUCGUCCACCGCUCCAUGCCAGAAAACUAGUUUUCAAGGUUUAUCACUACAAGAAGCCAAAAGGGGUGUUUCGAAUUUGUUUUUAUCUGAGAGCAAGAGGAAUACUACUAGUACUGGUGGAAGAAGUAGAACCCUUGAGAUCACUGCAAGAUCAACUGCAUCAAAGAAUAUCGAAGUUGAAGUUGAUAAGCCGUUGGGGCUCACCCUUGGUCCUAAGAAUGGUGGUGGAGUUGUCAUUACGGGUAUAGAGAAUGGUGGUAAUGCUGCAAGGGCAGGGCUUAAGGUUGGUGACCAGGUGGUCUACACUAGUAGCUUCUUCGGCGAUGAACUCUGGCCAGCUGAUAAGCUUGGAUUUACCAAAACUGCUAUCCAGGCGAAACCUGAUUCUGUCUACUUCGUCGUUAGCAGAGGUGUCGAUGUAGAUGUUAAAAGACUGCCCAAGCGUCCAGCUCCUCCUCAAUUUGGAAGGAAAUUAACGGAUGCUCAAAAGGCCAGAGCUACACACAUUUGCCUCGACUGUGGUUACAUAUACACUUUGCCAAAGUCUUUCGAUGACCAGCCGGAGGACUAUGCAUGUCCACAGUGUAGAGCACCAAAGAAGAGGUUUGCAAAAUAUGAUGUUAACACUGGGAGAGCAAUAGGAGGAGGAUUGCCCCCAAUUGGUGUCAUUAUUGGUCUCAUUGCUGGUAUUGGUGGUGUUGGAGCAUUACUUGUUUAUGGUCUUCAAUAAAUGAUCUUCUUUUAGUUAAAAAAUUUCCUCUGAUCUAUACCUUAAAAAGUGUUAAAAACCCAUUGUUUGUGCUCAGAAAUACACAUUCCAAAGACUAAUAACCACAUUCCAGACUUCAACAUGUUA